AUGCCGCUCUCUCCCAAGAUGUACACCUUUGGGUGUGGCUGCUUUGCAGCGCUAGGAUCGUUCCUCUUUGGUUACGACCUCGGAGUCAUCGCUGGUGUCCUCGUUGCACCCGACUUCUUGGCCACGACCGGCAACCCAGAUGCCAACUACACGGGCUUCAUCGCCUCGUCGAUGCUGCUCGGCGCCUUCGCAGGUACCAUCCCCGCCGCUCUCCUCGCCGAUCGCUUCUCUCGACGCUUUGCCAUCUUCAUCUCUUCACUCAUCUUCAUCUUCGGCGGUGCCCUCCAGACUGGCGCUCGCAAUCGCGAGAUGAUGCUGGCUGGUCGCUUCUUUGCUGGGUACGGUAUCGGAUCGCUGGGUAUGCUCGCCCCACUCUACCAAUCCGAGAUCGCAGCUCCCUCCCGACGCGGCGCCCUUACCACUCUCGUCCAGCUGUUCCUCGGCCUUGGCGCCCUGGUCGCAAGCUUCGUCGUCUAUGGCUGCAACGUCAACCUCGAGGGCACUGAAGCCGAGUGGCGCGUGCCUCUCGCAUUGCAAAUGGUACCCGCCAUCCCAUUGGCCACCAUGAUCUUCAUGCUUCCCGAGUCACCUCGCUGGCUCGCCGCUGCAGGCCGCCGUGAGGAAGCUCUCAAGUCGCUCGCACGUCUUCAUGCUCGGGGCGACACCAGUGACACCUUCGUCCUCGCGGAGCUCGCUGAGAUCGAGCAAGCCGUCACCGACCAGAAGCAGAAGGAGGCCAAGUGGUCGCGCUUCCUCACCGACAGGCAAGCUCAGCGCAAGGUGUUCUUGGGCAUCUCGCUCCAGUUCUCCGUCCAGAUGACAGGUGUGUCCGCGCUGCAAUACUUUUCGCCAGCCAUCUUCGCCACCAUGGGCUUCACCGCGCGCAAGACACUCCUUCUCCAGUCCUUCAACAGCAUCGUCGCCAUCUGCGGUGAGGUUGCCUGCGUUCUCUUCAUCGACAAGCUAGGCCGACGACGCCCGCUCAUCGGCGCCAACAUCAUUGCGGGAAUCUGCUUCGUCAUUGCUACCAUCCUGCAAGCUCAAUUCCCCAACUCUGGACCCAACUUCUCGCAGUCGGCCGCCAUUGCAUUCGUAUUCUGCACAUGGCUCUUCAAUCUCGCCUUCUCCGCGGGUAUCGGUCCACUCUCGUGGGCCGUUCCC